AUAAAAAAACUAAAAAAACUAUUGGUCUUUCGCAUCAGGAGCUCACCGCUGCGGAUUGGUUUUCUUCAUUCCGAAAAGAGAUGUCGGACACGAUCAUCAGGUUGUCAAUCUUGCGAGUUCCAUUUCCUUCCUGAAUUUUCCUGAACCAGGUUCGGAGGUAGAACUGCCCUGGCCAGUCAGAGCCUUCGGAAACGUGUCCGUCUCCCUCCACAGUUUUUUCAUUGGUCAGCUGUACCCCCUUCUUCCGUCACUCCGAAGUAGCCCGCUGGGCAACCCUGGCUACCAGGGCGCGUCACCCCUGACUGCUUCACCCCUCCCUUUGGGGUGAUCCAAGGAGCCAUACUCUCGCUGACAUGACUCUCUCUUAUGGUAGCUCAACUGUCACACUGUUCAGCUAUCCGCUGUUGGAACUUGGAAGCUGCCACCGCCGCCCACGAUUGGUCUGGCCAGAUUCUCAGAUGUAUUCGAAGAUCAUUGUCGAUUUCGGACACGCACUCCGCAUAUGUCAGCCAGGCAUGCCUGCCUACGGCGCAGAAUACCGCUGCGUCUCUUUUUCAGGGUCCGACCAAAGACGUCCACCUAUUUCCACGACCCACGACUAUGACGAAAAUCAAGGCAGACUCGCAUUGCCAAUAUGCAACCCUGAUUCUGUUUUGCGAAAAAAGAAAAAGAGAAAAAAACCCUCGCCAGUCCCCAUUUUGCAGUGGUAUGACGUCAGACGGUCUCAGCAACUCUGCAGGCAGCUGCGCAGUGCCGACGGAGGAACACCAGCAUUCCUCCAGUGGCCUAAGACAGUGUUCGUCCCGAAUGGAGUCUUCCGGCGGUCAACCGGCGCAAUCGGGGCAUCGUCGACGUGAAGCACCACCCGAAGGACGGGCUACGGCCGCGCAGCGAUCCACCCCGGCAGGGCAGCUCCGUCUUGUGCACCGGACACCGACUUCUAGUUCUUUUGGACAUCUCUGUGCCGCCGGCGGUACCAGGGAACCCUCGGCCAACCAGUCACGCCACCAAUCAACUGUGAAAUAAGCUUUGCGUCCCCGACCUUCGCGAGCCGCAUCACUAGCGUGGAUCGGGAGCACACAGGGACCCUU